GGAGAGCGAGGUUAUGAGGCAGCACAGCAGUGAGGAAGGGAGGGGUAAUGAAGAGCGACAGAGAGUCCGAAUGGGGCGGGCGCUCUCGUAAUCAGAGAGAAUACUGCAGCUCACGCUCAGAUUUCCCAUGCUGUUACCGGCGUGUCUCUGCAGUCCCUCUCUCUCUUUCUCACAUGCACACUGACAUAAAUGCACACGCAGUGAACACGGAUCUGUAUCUUUGCACUGAGGAGGCAACAUCCUAUACUCGUUUUCUCUGUCCUCAGUUUGCUGGCUCCUGUUUUUUAGGCAGUGCGUCAGAGGCUGUGCUACACGGAUAUGCCCGGUGAGACUGCGCAUCGAAGCGGCCCCACGCAGGGCCUUCUGGACUCUGGAGACCCACAAUUAGAGCUGCCAGGACCAGAUCUCUCUGGUCAAACAUCCAGCUCUUCAGCCUCAACUCCAACAGACAGUGCCUCCAGUCCUUCUCCCAGCAGCCCUCCAAAACUCUCCCCACUAUGUACUCCUUUUGGACCCCGUCUGGUAAUGGCCAAACCAACCACUUCUCCUCGCCCACAGCCUGAGGGUGCAAGUUUUGAAUUAGAAGGGCAUUCUGGAACUUUCGGCCGACCAAUGGGGCGGUUUGGGAGAGGAGGCUGUAGACGAGGUCCUAUGAAAAUGGAACGGAUCAAAGUCCUAACUGGAUCAGAAAUAGAAAGUGACUUUCAAGAGCCAGAGACCAUGGACUCAAGGGUGGUAAUGGGGCAAGAGGCUUUGCUUAGAAACAUGGAGACACAGAGUGGAAUGCUGCUAGGAAAACAGAUAGGUCAAGAAAUGUCUAGUUCAGGACACCAGCCCUCAGAACCCUCCAAGAAAGGUCAUAUCGGACUGGAUGAAAAAGCAAAACUAGACACUGGUCAGGUGAGUUCUAUUGUAGAUCAGGGUAAGAGUUUUACUUCAGUCCCAGAACAGGAGAAAACCAUAGGUCAGACACUUGAAUGUCAAGUCCUAGAGUCCAAAGUGAGAGAUGCCGAAUUGACAGACAGCAGUACUCUUUUCCCAGACAAUGAGGGAGAGCCAUUGUCUUUAUCUCAGGGUGAAGUGCCUUCCUUGUCAUUUUCCGAGCCUCCCUAUGUUGUUGACCCACAACGUAUUGGUGUCCUUCCAGGACUGGAUCCUGAUCGCUACUAUACAGCCCCUUCCACCCCCAUUAAGAUGGCUUACUGCUCACAUCUCAAGCAACAAUGGCGCCCAGGGAGCCCAAGCCAAAGUCCGGGCUCUCCAACUGAUGAGUCUGAUCUGUGCUCCCCUCCUACCUCUCCCUCUGGCUCCUACAUGACUGCUGAGGGAGGCAGCUGGACCUCAUACACCUCCAGCACCUCCCACUCCUGCUCCCCAAACUUAACAGCUGAGACAGAGUUGCAAGAAGCUCCUGCUUGCUACGUUGGGUCCCUCUCAGAGAUAGGCGAUGAGCUUGGAGAUGAGCGAACUGGUAACGAGAGGGAUGUAUGCCUGGAUAAACCUGAUAUGCCAGAGUUGCUGGAAGAUGUGGCCUGUGAGGUGGAUAUACUAACAAGAGACACAUGUAGACCUCAUUGGGUGACAGAACAUGUUUCUAUACAAGAGAGCAGCAGCAGCAGCAAGAGAAACACAGACUACCAACAGGACACAGGGAUACCCGAGGGCUCUCUGAGACCUAGAGAUUUCCAGAGAGCCCCUGAUGGAACUCAAGGCUUUAAUGAUCCACAUUACAGUCUUGAAAUGAAUUUCAAUGCCUGUUUCUCAGAGCCAUCUAUGAGCCUGGAUCCCCAUCUAACACCAGAGGAUAAUGCAACCUCUGCACUUGAUGAAGAAAACAAAACCCCUGUCACCCAUUCUCCAGAGACUGUAGACGUAGACAGUAAUAGCGUAUAUCUUGAGAUAGGAUCCUCUGCCCCUCUGUUCCAUGGCUACUCUAGGGAGGAUGGGCCCGAGAGUGAUGCAAUGAUUCCUGCUUCUAUGUUGCCUUUCCAUGGAAGCCUGAUAUUCCAGGCAGAUUCCAUGGAUAUAACCCUGUUCCCCACAGAUGAUGAGCAGGGAAAUGUGGAUGCAUAUGCUGCUGGAGAGGAGGAAGCCGAUGUAGAUGAGUAUGAUGAUGAGGAUGAUGAAGAUGAGUGUGACAAUGAAGAUGUGAAUAAUGUCAAUGAUGCUGAGCAGAAAGAGGCAGCUUUAAGGGGUGAAAGAGUGGAAGACCCAAAUGAAGAUGACACCUCUGCAUCUUUUCUAAAUUCCCUUUCAGAGAACUCAAUAAAUGAGGGUGUAGAUGAGUCCUUUGCUUAUCCAGAUGACACUGAGGAGUCAAUUGAUUCCACAUCUUAUAACGGGGAUGAAGAUGACCAUCUGUACUGCACAGAGAAGCAUGCUGAACUCUCCCAACAGUUCCCUGGGCCAGAUGAACCUGUGCAGUCAGUAAGCCAUGCAAAACCUGAAUCCACUGGCAGUGAGAGCGAAAUGGAGAUAUCCUCCGAAUCAUCUGAGCUUCUACAUGUACAAUUGCAAGAGAAUCUGCCAGACUGCAAUGUUCAUGAUGAAAGUGUUGCACAACAAAUUUCAGAAAAAAAGUUGUUGAAGGGUGAGCUUUCAAAAGGAUUGACUGUACAGAUCAAAACAAUGGAUGAGCAAGGCAAACUGAGUACAGAUCCCUCAACAGUCAUGGUAACAUCAGAUAAUCCAACAUCAUCUGUUGAUCAAGACAAAUGCUGCAGCUGCUGA